AAAUGUUUUUAAGGAAUCGACUCCAUAAUUUUUACUUAUUCCCUCCUUUCAGUUUACAAAACCAUCGCUAGAAGUAUAUAUGCGAAUAGUUAUUACGUUUUUUAUGCCUAAAUUGGGACACUUUCUACGGAUGAGAACAAUGACUUCCGCCUACAAAAAUAUCGUAAUGUCCGUCCUCAAGAAGAUUAUUGAAGAUCGUGAGGAGAGGGGUGUAAAAAAGAUGGAUCUGAUGCAACUAAUGCUACAAUUGAGACAUUCUGGGGUGAUUAAGGAUGACGAUGAUUGGGAUUUCAAAUUAAAUGAUGAUAAGUCUACAAACAUGUCUCUUGACGAAUUAGCAGCUCACAUUCAUACCUUCCUUAUUGGUGGUCAUGAUAACUCUGCUCUUACCAUACCUUAUUGCCUCUUUGAACUAGCUAAAAGUCCCGAAGUUCAGGCAAAAGUUCAUGAAGAAAUCCGUGAUGUUCUGAGUCGGCAUAACAAUGAGAUAACCUACGACUCUGUGUCUGAGAUGAAAUACCUCGAAUGGUGUAUCCUUGAAACUCUCCGACUGUACCCAACUGCAGUUAAUCUCAUUCGUCAAUGCGUCCAAGACUACUAUGUACCGGAAAUGGAUGUAACAAUCGACAAAGGAACUAUCCUGAUUAUGCCAAUAAGAAGUUUGCACAUGGACCCCAAAUACUACGACAAUCCUGAAGAAUUUCAACCGGAGCGAUUCAAAGAAAUGACCAGAAGUAAAUCAAAUCUGUCCUAUCAAGCCUUUGGACAAGGCCCCAGGCAAUGUAUUGCUAGAAAUAUUGGGAUUUUAAUAACCAAAGUUAGUGUUUUGUCGUUCCUUUUGGGUUACAACGUCCAUCUUGGGACGGAACUUGAGAGAACUCGCAAAAUAAAUUUUGCUCGUCAUGCAUUCCUUUUGGCUGCUGAAAGGGAUGUUAAAUUAAAAUUCACAAAGAAGGAGGUUUAAUGAUGAA